GCUGGGGCUGGGACUGCAAGUCGGAUGGGGAAUGGAGUCGGAAUUCGGAGUGGAAGCGGGAUCGGAACUCGGAAUGGAAAUGGGAAUGGAGCAGGGCCUUUUGAUAAUGCGUUGAGUCCUGCGACGGGGGCAUACAGUUAUCCUCAAACCCAAUCACAUAUGUCAUCAAUGGUUUCCGAUCACUCUAGCUAUACGCCGUAUUCGUACGCUACAGAUUACGGAAUCGGCGGCAUCAGCACGCCGUUCACACCACCAGCCACCGCACGGAUAUCCCUCGCUGAUCCAAUGUACGGACCGCAAUCGACUAUCAUUGACAACCCAUAUCCUGCACAACCGACACCACCGCCGCCGCCACCACAACAGCAACAGCAACAGCAACAGCAACAGUCAUCACCAGCAGCACCACCGAACCUCCAUUCCGCAUCUCCGUUCAACAUGGACUCGAGUCCUUAUCCUCUCCAGCCGCACGAAUCAACUCCCAUCAGCUUUACAUCGCAACCCGCGCCGCUACACAGACUGGGCUUCCUGCCGAUGUUCACCGGCGGCGGGUCAAACUUGGACGAGCUGGUAUCUCACUUGGCUGGUGCGCCUCUGACGAGUCCGUCAACGGAGUUAGUGUCUACGCCAGCGUCGAUGAUGUAUAACCCACAGCAUCAAACGUCCCAUACCAGCCCUUACGUAGGCCCCUACCCUCUACAAAUGCACAGACCCCAAUCCUCACUCUACCCCCAACCCGACGUCGAACCCUCACAAUCCUCCAACUACCACCACUCACUAACCACACCAUCCUACACCGACCUCAUCAUGGCCACCCACCUAACGACCCAGUACUCCGGCACCGACAUCUACAGCUCGACGUUCCACGAAAACUUUUCACCGCAGUCGAUGAACUCGUCGCCGCUGUCGGUGGGGAAUUCGCCGACGUAUUUUGGAGAGCGCCAUUCCACGGCAACGGUGGGGAAUGGGGCUGGAGCGGAACCGGACACGACGGCGACGUCGGCGACGGCGUAUCUUGCGAGUCCGGCGGUGAAAAGUCCGACGCCGGGUGGGAUUUUUUCGCAGGGUGGGGAUGCGGUUGGGUCAAGGCAGUGGCCGGAGUUUCCGAAAUCGUCUGCCAAUGGGGACAACUCACCAGAGGUCAUCGCACUCCCCAAAGGCCGCGACAGCCAUCACCCACCCCGCCGGCACCACCUCAGACAAAAAGCGCCCCACGAACUCGCAAAAGACCACGCAGCAGCCAUAGUCCGCAAAAAGACCCUCGAACUCGUCGGUUCGUGCAAACUGUGCAACAACGCCCUUGCCAAAUUCAAUAUCCGUGGAAGCAAAGACCAGCUCGAGGGAAAUGUCACGAUUGAUAUCAUUUGCAAUUCAUGUUCGCCGAUGGCUACGGGUACGACGAGUAGUCUGAGCCCCAAAUCAGCGACGGCCGUGGAGGUCAAGACGGAAUUCACGUCCCCACCACCCACAUCGCCGAUCGCGCCGCAGGGCCGACGCUUUGAAUGCGAGAUUUGCAAAAAGUUUGUGGCGGUGGGGAAAGUGACCAACCGCCCGAAUGCGUUGAUUGACCGCAACACGACAAUUGAGGUGGUGUGCUCGGAGUGCCGGGUGCUGUGGGGGUUUUGUACCGAGUGUGGGGGUGGUGGGAAGUAUCGAACAGGGAAAUACCGCCCAACUGGCCUCUUCCUGCCCUCCCGACGAACCUGCAUGCUCCCGCAUUUCCGCCUCGGCCUAGCUCCCGUGCAUUUCGCGACGCAUACAAAGGAGGAUUUCCCCAUGGAGCGCAGCCAGGCCCUGGGUGAGGUUUAUAGGGACGCGUUCUUGUCGCUUUAUGCUACUCCCAAAGUGAUGCAAGAAGUCCCGAUCUUCAGCGAACUCGCCAACAUGAAACGGUUCCUCAACAACGCGUGGGACACCGCCGUGCGGCACAUCAUGGACGACCACCCACAAUCACAGCAUAACCCGACAACAACGAAAUGGUACUGCACAACCGCAUCCAUCACCCCGCAUAUCCAGCCAAAGAGCCGGGGGAGGCGGCACAACUCGCCUGCGGGUGUGCAGCAGAUGGAGAAGGGCGAGAAGGGGUUGAGGGAGGGGUUGUUGGCGGCGGGGAAGGGCGGGGACGAGGAACGGGGUGGGAAACCGUCUGGUCCACCCCCCACCGAGUCCGGCUCACCAACAACCUCAACGCACCCGUCGUCAUCCUCCUCCCCCUCCACGGACGCGCACACCACCGGCGGCCCAACCAGCUACGUCGGAGUCUGCAUCUCAGAGCACCACCCACCCACGCGCACGCUCUACAUCGCGGAAGUGGCCGUGAUGCAAUCCGCGCAAUCCCACGGCAUCGCCCAGAAACUCAUCCUGCACACCCUCUCCAUCCUGCCCCUACCGCAACACCUCCACUACAUCUACUUCCUCACCCGCCGCGUCAACGCCCCCAUGCAGCGCUUCGGCGAAAAAAACGGGUUCCUCCCCUUCGACGUCUUCUUCCAGACCUACCCGCGCUGUGCCGUCGAUAAAGGCCUGUUUGCAAGGGAGGAGUAUGACCUCGACGAAUAUGUGAUUUAUAUCGCGCGGUGGGAGGUGUUUGUCGAGAGGGCGGGCAGGGUCGCCAGCGAGUGUGGGUUGAGGGUGUAA